AUGACGCCCAACAUCACCAAAGGUCAGACCGACACCUCGAAGUUCACCGGCGAGGGACCCGCAGGGAAGGACGCCCACCCGAACAAGAACCCCGUCCAGGAAUAUAACCCUGCGCCUGGCGCCAAAGCCCCGGCACUCAGCUCCGACGGCACGAUCGGCAAGCAAUUCACAGCAGACGGUUCCAUCGGCAGCAUACCCCAGAGCAUUGGUGGCCCGUUCGACCAGAACGGAGUCAUAGGCCAUGCAUUCAAGGAGGAUGGCGCCAUUGGCGGCACGAUGAAUAAAGUCCUUGGACAUACACCUGGAGACAAGCCUACGAAUGGUUGA